GCGUCUGUCGCGGUCGGUGGUCCGCGACCCCCUUAGCCCGGCGCGUUGCUGCCAUCCGUUGCUCCAUCAUUUCCGCUCCCCACUCUCCUUCCAAUGUACAAAACCUCUUCAUACUCUUCGUGACUUCUUGAUACUUUCAACUUGUACCUUCUACACGAAUCGAGACUUUUUUAAUUGCGCCUGCCAAUCCUUCUCGACUUCUACUUCACAACUUCACAGCUUCCGCUUGUAAUCUGCAUCGCUCUCGACCGCCGACGUUCUUCUCUCCCCAUCACCUAGACGACCGGCACUUGCACAUCUCGACGCAAUGGCUCGCGCAGCUUCCCGUCGGCAGGUCAAGCCUGUUGCAACCACGCCAGCGACCAACCUUAUCAGCCAGUACGGCCGAGUCUCCAAGACACAACCUGCUCCUGUCGACGACGCUUCAAAGAAGGUCUUCUUCAUCGGACUGCCCUCCUCUCUUCCCGUCGCCAAGACGGAAGUCAAGACAGAGAUCAAGCUCGAAUCCAGUCCGGAAAGAGCUCUCCCCCCUCAGCCUACAGCAACACCCUCAAAGAAGCGCAAGGCAAGAUCGAACGACGAGGACGUCUCGCUGAGAGGUGCGAGAAGCGAGGCCCCAGGAUGCGAGUCUCUGAAGCGUCAGCGAGUCUUCAAGAGUAGCAAGGACGAGCCUGUCCCCAUCAAGCUUGAGGUCGCCUCAACAACCGCAACCACCACCACCGCUGCUUCUACACGAAAGAGCACAACAUCGCCAGUCGCCGACAGCCGCCGAAAGACUCGCAAGUCGGACGUCAUCUCCCAAGCAAAGACCGAAGUGCACAAAGCCAACCAAAAGGUCAAGCGAACAAAGAAGCACAAUGCUACAAAGUCAGAGAUCAAGGAGGAGGUCGUCAAGAAGCAGCUUCCUGCCGAGCUUCUGGAGCUCUUGGACCUGCAACGCGCCAUCCUCAAGACUGUUUCGCUUCAGCUUGUGCACCAGAACAACAACGCACCGCUCGAUAUCAGCUCGAUCGCACCUCACGUAGCCCGCACAUGGGGAAAGAGGAGAGUCACAGUGGAUGACAUUCGGAGAUGCAUUGCCAUCCAAGACACAAAGACACCAGGCCAGGAGGAUGUGUCCCUCGGCUCGCCCUUUAUCGUCACCGACUACGGCCGUGGCAAGCUCUGCCUCGAGAUGGAUCUCACCAAGAACACUGGCCGCAUUGACGAGAACGCGCUCUGCCAACAGUUCGAGAAGAACCUACACAUCAUGUGCUCCCAGCGCGCCAUGGAUGAGAUGUCGGAUCUCGAUAUCUGCUUCGAGAACCUUAGCUUCAACGACCUGCCCAAGUCCGAUAUUACUGUUCGUCACACGACCAUGUCGGAGAACCCCCUGUUCGCCAAGGGCCAGCGCGCCUUGACCGGGAUCAAGAACGACAUCCUCAAGAAGCAGGAGAGAGAGACGCAGACUCAAGCAUCGAAAUUCCCGGCACUCAACCCCAACGGCACCAAGAUGACCCUCCUCGACAGACUCCGAGCCAAGGAGGAAGCCAACGCCAACAUCCAGCUCCCUACCGGCCCCGAGAUGGCGAGAAAGCGCGCCCUGCAGCGGGUGGGAGACAUCUCCGCCGUCCUCUCCAUGCUCGUGUCGUCGUCGAAUGCGGCCGGACAGAUGGUUGUGUCCUUCACCAUGGCUGUUCUGCAGCAGAAGCUCAAGGACUCCCUGCGUGUGCCCAUGUCCAUGGAGGAAGGUGUCGAUGCGGUACGUCUGAUUGCCAAGGAAGUCGCACCGGAAUGGUUAAAGGUUGCCACGGUCGGUGGUAAGGAACAUGUCGUCAUCCAGACGAGACGCAAGCCGUACGAGGCAGAGCUCGCCGCGCGAGUGAACCGACUUCUCGCAUAGAUGAAUACAUCUGAGGGGGAGGUUAUCGGUGGAAGUGUGUUCUGGGGAUUGCAUUGAUGCAUGGCAUAGCGUGUUUUCUGCAUACGGAGUUUGGAAGAUACCACAGACAGAGGGAUGAGACUGUCAUGGAG